AUGAAUGGCGGGGGGGGAACCCCGUCCCGAGCGCCCAACAUCACUUUCAGGGACCAAACCCUAGUAAAAAAGGACAAAAAUGAAAUGUCGCUUCUGAAGACUACACUACCCCAGGAGGGUACCGGCCGCUCCGCGGUCGGAGAAUCCCUCCCCGCGUCCUCGGGCGCGGGCUGCCCCACCGUAUCUGGGGGGGGCAAGAACCGACAUAGGGACGUAAGUCCCUUAAUUCUGACGCCGCAGCCAGAGGCUGGCUCACUUUCCGAUGCGGAAUGGGUGAGCGUAGAGAGUCUGUUCGAGGAGCAACCCCGGCAGCGGGCUCCAAAAAGGGGCCGUGAGGGGGAUGAUUGUGCCAGUGCAGAAAUGCCGGCACCGAAAGCGCCCAAGGCGCCAACUAUGAAGGCCGUGAAAGCGGCCAAAAAAGGUGGUCGGCCGAAGUCGACUUUGUCCGCUGACGCCCGUCGGGAGUUAGUGGCGGCAAAGCGCGACGAGGCCGAAAAGGUCAAAAAGGCGGAGACGCUGCAGGCGACAUCGCCCGCAGACAAGGGCACCCUUGGGGACCAGGCCGCAACGAAUAUAAAAAUUAUUCGGGAAAUUGCGGCCCAUUCAGGGAACCUCAAGGGUACGUUUCAAAAGGGCCUGAAGGACGCUGCAGCGUCCCUAGAGAAGGUCAUGUCGGCUCUGAGCUCCGGGUCGACAGGUGAGGAGACUGAGCGCCUGCGCGAAAUCUGCGAGCGCAUGGAAAAUAAGAUCUCCUCACUUGAGAAGGAAAUGGCGGAGCUCAGAGCCGCCGUAGAAAGGGAGCGUCGGGCGGAAUUCCGGCAGGAGAAGACUGAGGUGCUGCAGCGCCUCAUUCUCACCACAAUGGGUCCUGUGCUGGACGCCCGUUUUGAGGGCCUCCAGGACCGUCUCCUGCCGGCGCCCCCCCUACCGACCCCUGAUCCUAAGCCCAGAAAGGGCAAAGGCAAACGGGGUAGGAAGGGAAAGGGCAAGAAAGGGAACUCUGCCCCUACGGCGCCUGAGCCGGUACCGUUGGCGACUCCACCACUGUCGUCACCGAGGUUGGCCAACUCUCCAUCCUACGCAGCCGUAACGGCUGCGCCGGCGUCACGGCCACCCGCUCCGCCACCGGCUCCUGGGCCAUCAGAAGUGCCCUGGAAGAAGGUGCCGGAGAAGGGCUCCAGGAGGAAGGCCGCCGCUGCCGCUGCCCCACCCCGGGGUAACCAGGCUGCAGCCAAAAAAGAGAAGGGUCCACAACCGCUCAAACUCCGCCCACCGCGGUCGGCUGCGGUUGUGAUCAGGCUGCGGCCGGACGCGGAAAAGCGUGGAGCGACCUAUGGUCAGGUCAUGGAUCUGGCCAUGGGUAAAGUGGACCUCGGCGCCCUGGGUAUACCCGGGGUCAAGUUUAAAAAGGCGGCUACCGGUGCCCGCAUUUUAGAAAUCGCGGGUACUGAGAAGGACGCAAAGGCCAACCUCCUGGCGUCCAAAUUAAAGGAGGUCCUGGAUCCCCAGGUAGCGGAAGUAUCCAGGCCUCAGAAAUACGCCGAUUUGCGCAUGCUGGAGCUGUGCGACUCUGCCACCCCAGCUGUGGUGUGUGGUGCGAUCGCCCGGGCUGGUCAAUGCCCCGAAUCCGAAAUCCGGGUCGGGGACAUUCGGGAGGACCGCACGGGCGUUCGUACCGCCUUCGUCAGGUGUCCCAUCGCGGCGGCCAAACGGCUGACCGCCAACGGCACCAGGCUUCUAGUCGGAUGGGUUUCGGCGCAGGUAAAACUGCUGCCGGCUAGGCCCAUGCAGUGCUUCCGCUGCCUAGAGACGGGUCAUGUCUCGCAGCGGUGCACUGCCGAGUCCGACAGGAGCCUGCUGUGCGACAGGUGCGGCGAGCCGGGUCACAAGGCCGCGGCGUGCAACGCCGCCCCCAAGUGCAUCUUGUGCGCGGGGGCAGGCAAACCGACGGGGCACCGCGUGGGGAGCAAAGCGUGCUCCAGCACGCGCCAAAACCAAAAAAGAAGGAGAGGUGGGAAGCGGGGUGCGUUCGCGGCUACGGCCCAGACGCAACCUGCUCGUGCGGCUCAGAGCGCCGAGGCGAUGGAAACGGGGGCCUCUGAAUAA